AUGGCUAACCCACCCUUAGUUCGUCCAUGGUCCCGCUUGGCCUCCUUGCGUGUUCCUCCUGCUCCUCCUGAGUCACACUCUCAAAACACUUCCUCUCUAGACAACAAUGCUAGUGUCACAAAAUCUCCACCAAGAACAACACCAUCUAUUCAGAGUCCAAUGCAGUCACAAAAACUCAAACUCACCCCAUCACCCUCUCCUCUCACCUUGCCACCAUACAAGUUGAAUGCUAAACCUGAGGUUGAGCCUAAGAUAAUGAUGGAAGAAGAGCCAAAAACCAUGCUGGUUAAGAAGACCAUUGAAAAGCCUAAUGUCAAUGGCAAUGGUGCAUUGCAUAAGGGAUCGAAUGAGACCCAAAAGCUAGAAGGCUUUGACCAUCAUGAAAAACAGGUGACAACCGAGGAAAAUGAAAUGAAGUGGAAAGGUAUACACAAAAAGGUUUCGGAUUCUGAUGACUCUGGCAUAAGGGUGUUAACACUUGCAGGGGAAAACAAAGGUGCUUACAUGCAAAUAAUCCAUUCCCGAAAGAAACCAAACUAUCUUCACAAGAUGGGGAAUUCAAAUAUGAAGAAGGCCUAUGAUUAUGAAUCAGAGAAUUCUGCUAAUACUGAAGAAGGGAAAGCAAAUAGAAAGGACAAGAGUUUGAAACUAAGAACACUAUCUUUACCUCCAAAGACUAGUGUAUACAUUAACAGCAAUGUGCAGUGUGUCAACAACUCAUUGGUAUUCAACGCUUCUUGCACUUAUCAUGAUCCAGGAGUGCACCUUACUCUCUCGAAGAAGCCACUCGGUGAAGGUCUCCAUCUCAAGGAACAUUUUGAUCAAGUUUGA